AUGCCCGUGGUUGUGGUGGUGUAUCUCAGACUGUCAGACGAGGCCACCCUCAAAGCCUCCGUGCGCAUGUUCCUCGACAUGCGAUUUAUGCGGUCUUUCAAAUGUGACAUGCUCGCUCUGUGUCGUUGGAUUUUGUCCGUGAAGAAGAAUUAUCGUCAGGUCACCUAUCAUAAUUGGCGACAUGCGUUGAAUGUGACCCAGACAAUGUUUGCCGUGAUCAUGGUAAGUCAGAAAGUGGCCCCGAAGACGGAGGACUGA